AGGGACAGGGACAAGAUGGCAGAGAGUAUAAUAAAUCUCACCCUAGAGAUCCUCUUCCGUCUUACUGGAGAGGACUACACAGUAGUGAAGAAGACCUCUAGUGGGCGCUGUCAGGUCCCUGUGUCUGAAGAUUGGGGAAGAACCCUGAGUCCAAUCACGGGGCCUCCAGCUCACCCCCUGAUACAUGAGGGAAUCAAUAGAGAGAAGAUCUUAGAACUCACCAACAAGAUGAUUGAGCUGCUGACUGGAGAGGUUCCUAUAAGGUGUCAGGAUGUCACCAUCUAUUUCUCCAUGGAGGAGUGGGAGUAUUUAGAAGGACACAAAGAUCUGUACAAAGACGUCAUGAUGGAGGAUCACCAGCCCCUCACAUACCAAGGUAAUAGACACGACUAAAUACACCUGUCCUCUCAUUAUCUGUAUGUAAGGAAUUUAUUCAGUCACUGGAUGUGUUUCCUACAGUUAAGAAAGAGAUAAGAACACCGGAGAGAUGUCCCAGCCCUCUUCUUCCACAGGAUGGUACAGAAGAACAUCACAAUGUCCCACGGGAUGAUCAGGUUCUGAAUCCGAGUGAAGAUCUGAACAUCAUAUAUGUUACAGAGACCUAUGUGAGGGGUGAUGAGCAGAGUAUAGAGGACCUUCCUACAGAUAACCGCCCAGAUAACUUUACCAAGAGCUCAGAGGGACAUCUGAUGACUUCAGAUUUUAAAUUAGAAAAUCAGAGUAUCACACAAGAUGCAUAUGAAGAACAUGCCAUUGCCACAGAUAUACCUUCAGACAUUCAAAGCAAAAAUCUGUUAUCUGAUCCUUUCAAACAGGUCCUAUCAACUGAUUUAUCACAGACUGUUAAGCAAAAUAAAAGUCUCGGAAGGGGUGAACAUCAAGGAACUCACACAGGAGAGAAAGCAUUUUCAUGUUUAGAAUCUGCUUUUGUUAUACAUCAAAGAAUUCACACAGGGGAGAACCCAUUUUCAUGUUCACAAUGUGGGAAACAAUACAGCAUUAAAUCAGAUCUUGUUAGACAUCAGACAACUGACACAGGGGAGAAACCGUUUUCAUGUUCACAAUGUGGGAAAUGUUUUAACAGGAAAUUACAUCUUGUUACACAUCAGUUAAUUCACACAGGAGAGAAGCCAUAUUCCUGUUCAGAAUGUGGGAAAUGUUUUACAAACAGAUCAAAUCUUUUGAAACAUAGGCAUAUUCACACAGGGAUGAAACCACAUUCAUGUUCUGAAUGUAGGAAAUGUUUUACCCAGAAAUCAGCGCUUGUUACACAUCAGAGAAUUCACACUGGGGAGAAGCCAUUUUCAUGUUCAGAAUGUGGGAAAUGUUUUACUCUAAAAUCAACUCUUGUCAACCAUCAAAGAGCUCAUACGGGGGAGAAGCCAUUUUCAUGUUCAGAAUGUGAGAAAUGUUUUCACCAGAAAUGUGAUCUUGUUAAACAUCAGAGAACUCACACAGGAGAGAAGCCAUAUUCAUGUUCAGAAUGUGGGAAAUGUUUUACAAACAGAUCAAUUCUUUUGAAACAUAGACAAAUUCACACAGGGAUGAAACCACAUUCAUGUUCUGAAUGCAGGAAAUGUUUUACCCAGAAAUCGACGCUUGUUACACAUCAGAGAACUCACACUGGGGAGAAGCCAUUUUCAUGUUCAGAAUGUGGAAAAUGUUUUACUCUGAAAUCAACUCUUGUCAACCAUCAAAGAGCUCAUACGGGGGAGAAGCCAUUUUCAUGUUCAGAAUGUGAGAAAUGUUUUCACCAGAAAUCUGAUCUUGUUAAACAUCAGAGAAUUCACACAGGAGAGAAGCCAUAAUCAUGUUCUGAAUGUGGCAAUUGUUUUAAUCAAAAAUCAAUUCUUCUUUGCCACCAUCAAACUCAUACAGGGAAGUUACAAUACAAGAACAAAUAUAUUGGUUACAGUUAUGUAAAGGUCAAGCGACAUACAAAAGAAAGGUAAUGCAAUUAACAGCACUAAAUGAUGAUUAAGAAAUGUAUCCAGUUACCAAUAAAUAUCUGUUAUAACAAGCAAAUAGAAUUCAGAUAAAGCACCUAUAUUCCGCACCUAUAUAUCCACCAUGUGCACUGAAAAUUUGACAAGGACCACUAAACCUUUAAAAACAAGAAGAAAAAAAAGGAAUAAUUUGUCUCAAGUUCUAUCUGAAUGGCUUUCUGCAAGGUGUUACAGAAAGCAGCAUUAGAAGAGAUUAUGUAGUCAUAUUACUUCCCCCUAGCCCCUCUACCAGAACUUUUUUGAAGCUGGUGCAGUUGAAGAUAAAGGGGAGGGGGGGGGUCAAUAGACACCCAGAACACUGUCAAGGAGAUGGAAACUGCACAACUUCAUCAGCUUCUUAGAAACCCUCCACUUCUGGGGUCCUGAUCUGCACACUAGUGGCAUUGAUCACUCCGGAGUGCUUCUAACAACUAGUGUACAGUAAUGUAUCUCUAUGCACCAGGUAUUUAUAUGCAGAGAUAUGUCACACCUCCAAUAAACGUAUUUACCACA